AAUUUAACGUGAAAUGUGGAAUUAUGCCAGGAACAUAUAUGUUUUGUAUACCACAUUUGGACAAGUGUUUGUUCAGAAGGAAUAACUUGGAAAUAAAAAAGGAAAUAUUACGCGAAUAAUAAAAUGAAUUUGUGAAUAUCAAGAUAGGAAAUAUAAUAAUGAGUUUUACAGAUGAUAAAUCUAUAACUAAAUAAUCAAAAGUUCCGGUGUUAGUUAGUGUAUAUACAACAGAAGAAGAUGAACACCGCUCCAGUACCAAUCAACCGUGGCACAGAGCGCAGACGAAGUAGUACAACAAUCCGUCGGAUAAGCUUUUGUAAAGUUGACACCGUUGGCAAUAAGAGGUCCUUAGAUCUGUUAACCGGAUUACCACAAGAUGGCCCGAAAGUUAGCAUCCCGGAAGCUGCAUGGAAUCCUAAGGAAGCCACGAGCAAAAAUUUAAACAGAUCUUCGUCAAAGAACCUCAUUGAUGGAAGAUCUCUUUACUCGAUCCGCCGAGAAAACAUUGCCUCCAGAGACAUGAGCUUUAUAAAUGGCCCGAUCAAUCCAAACGAUGGACCAGCCUCAAAUAUAGAGCAUUUAAUCGAGAAGAAUUACAUUGUUAACAGCCAGCUAUCUAAUGCAACUCCUGAAAAGUUCCCCAGGGUGAUCAUGAGUCAGUUUCACCGUGUUUCCGGAAGUCCUAACAGUAUGUCAUACGGAAUGCCUCGGCCACCAUCGCGGGACAAAUUUCAGGAGGUAGUGGAAGGAAUAAAAAGGGAACCAAGCAUUGUGCGUAUAAAAGAGUACCCGUCACUCCAAGAACCAGUGCACUGCACAACGUUGGACGAAUUCUGCGAAAUUUUGGGUCCAAGCGCGUGCAACACAUGUAUUGAAAAUACAAACCGGUUUAUCGGUGAGCAGCUACAAGACAUGGUCUUCCCUACCAUUGACAUCACCGCUGAUAAACUUAUUGCUCCGAAACUUGCCAAACUUUUCCGUGACGGACACAGAAGUCAAGUUCGAAAAAAGCGAAUUCGAGAACUUGGAUUCGAGUUUCCCGAGGACCUGAUGACCCUCACUAGAAGUGAGACCCAUUUGUCGGACAGCACGUGCCACCGAUGUAAGAAGCCGCUAAAAGUUCCGACAUUGAAAGUAUCCGCACCUUACGGUCGGCUAGAUAUUUCAAGGAAUGAGCGAUUAUACGCCCGGACAAAAGAUUUAAGAACUUCUAGAUUUUAAUUACUAUACAGACAGCACUUAUAGCUAUUAACUAUUGAUUAGUGCAAAAAAGUUAAAUGUCAAAGAUAUU